ACUCUACUAGCUGUAUUCUCACCGGAAAUCAGCCAUUUCCCCUUCAAAAUAGAGUACAGGGUCAAAAUACACCCUGCGAGGACUACAAUUGCUUUCCAGUGUGCUUAAAAACCCUUCCUGAUUUAACAUCUUAUGCACUCUAGCGUCGUUUAGUCCUACAGAAAGUUAUGUAAAUACAGCGGAUUUUAUUUUGAAAAUCCUGGCAGGAGGUUGAGCUUUGUAACGCCACGCGUGGAGAGGAACAAGGAGCCGGGGACAUCUGCUGCUAACAGGUCCCCUCCCGGCCUGCAUCCCUAAACACACUCCUUCCUAUAACACACACACACUCCUAACCUCACUUCAGGGCCAGCAGAGAGUGCUCAGUAUUAUCAGACACACCCUGCUGUCACCAUUCCAGCCUUACAUUGAUCUAACGCACACACACACACACACACAUUUAUCACUCCACCCACGUACACACACACACACAAACAGGCAGCACCAUGAUGAGCAAGGAGUUCUUUCAGAAGUUGGGGUUGCCAGAUCUGAAUGAAGUCAGCCAGUACAUCAAGAGCGCCUCCACUCCCAUGUUAGUCAGCAUGGGGGCAGUGGCUGUCGCGACAACCUACUACCUGGCAACACGACCCAAAGCCCUCCCACCAGUCUGCGACCUCCGCAUGCAGUCGGUUGAAGUUCCGGGCGGAGAGUUGGCACGCCGAUCAGUUAUGCUGAAUGGAGACGGUCCCUUGACACAUUUCUACGAUGAUGCCACAACAAUGUAUGAGUUCUUCCUCAGAGGGGCCCGAGUCUCCAAUAAUGGUCCCUGUCUGGGCUCCAGGAAACCAAAGCAGCCCUAUGAAUGGAUGUCCUACAGAGAGGUAAUGGAGCGGACGGAGAAUCUGGGUUCAGCAUUUCUUCACAAAGGACACUCCAAGACCAGCGACUCUCACAUUGGCAUCUUCUCUCAGAACAGACCGGAGUGGACCAUCAGUGAGCUGGCUUGUUACACAUAUUCUCUGGUGUCAGUCCCUCUGUACGACACACUGGGAACAGAAGCCAUCGCCUACAUUAUAGACAAAGCUUCCAUCUCGACGAUAGUGUGCGACGUGGUGGAUAAAGUCAACCUGGUACUGGACUGUGUUAAGGACAAGGAGCACUCUGUGAGAACCAUCGUUCUAAUGGAGGCCCCCAGUGCCGACCUGGUCAACAGGGGCCAACAGGCUGGAAUCCACAUCCUCAGCCUGCAGGAGAUGGAGGCUAUCGGGAAGGCCCACCAUCACCAACCAGUGGUUGGCUCAUAUGUUUGAGAGAGUAGUACAGGGAGUGAUGUUAGUGCACGGAGCCAAGAUUGGCUAUUUCCAGGGAGAAAUACUCCGUUGGCUGUCAGAUGACCUGAAACAACACUUGAAGCCGACUGUGUUCCCUGUGGUACCCCGAACUCUGAACAGGAUGUAUGAUAAGAUCUUCGGGCAGGCCAACAGCUCUCUGAAGCGCUGGGUGCUGGGGUUUGCCUACAGGAGGAAGGAGGCAGAGAUAAUGAAAGGCAUCGUGAGGAGAGACAGUAUCUGGGAUCGACUCAUCUUCCGGAAGGUCCAGGCCAGCCUCGGUGGUCGCGUGCGUCUCAUGAUAACCGGAGCUGCUCCCAUCUCCCCUACAGUCCUCAGCUUCCUCAGAGCUGCCAUAGGCUGUCAGUUCUAUGAAGGCUAUGGACAAACAGAGUGUACUGCUGGAUGCACCUUGACCAUGCCCGGGGACUGGAGUGCAGGUCACGUUGGAGCUCCUCUGCCCUGUAACUCAGUUAAACUGGUGGAUGUGCCUGAGAUGAACUACCUGGCUGUAAACGGGGAGGGAGAGGUGUGUGUGAAGGGUCCCAACGUGUUCAAGGGCUACCUGAAGGACCCCGAGAAGACUGUGGAGACUAUUGAUGAAGAUGGAUGGCUUCACACUGGUGACAUUGGAAGAUGGCUUCCGAAUGGCACGCUGAAGAUCGUGGACAGGAAGAAGCACAUCUUUAAGCUGGCACAGGGGGAGUACAUCGCUCCUGAAAAGAUAGAGAACAUCUACACGAGGAGUGAUGCAGUGGCACAGGUCUAUGUGCAUGGAGACAGUCUGCAUGCUGAUACGCACGUGGUGGUUCCUGACCCUGACGUCCUAACGUGGACCAAGCGGACUCUGAAACUGGAGGGCAGCUACAAGGAACUAUGUGGCAGAGCGGAAGUCAAGGCUGCCAUCUUGGAGGACAUGGCACGACUGGGCAAGGAAGGAGGCCUCAAGUCCUUUGAGCAGGUGAAGGCCAUCUCCAUCCACACCGAGCUGUUCUCAAUCGAGAACGGCCUGCUCACUCCAACGCUGAAGGCCAAGAGGAACGAGCUGCGACAACACUUCAGAGCCCAGAUAGACGAGCUGUACGCUGGGAUCAAAAUGUAGAACGAGAGGAGUAGAGCAAAACCGAAGGACAGACACUAGAGCUCUACCAAAGGUGUUUUUUUUUUUAGAUGAAGAAAAAAGGAAGAGGCAGAGAGGGGCGUACAAAAGCACAAAGCAAAUGAAGAGGCCCUCUCGGACCAAAGGCUUCAUCGACCUGUCUUGUCCUCAUGAACAGUAACACUAGAAACAACAGGAGCAGGAGGUGACGCAGCUUUUAAUGGAGCUUGAUUCAGAGCAUUUUGAACAAAAUCAAUGACCUUUAGGAUCUGUGGCACAGAAUACACAACCUCAGAGGGCCCACAGAAGAUUUUAUUCUUAAAAUAAAUGUGUCUAUUGAUGAAGUAGUUUUGCCUAAGCUAUGUACAGUACAAAUUCUGUGAUUGUGUGUUGAUUCUAAUCAGCUAGUUUGUAAUGUUAGCUUCAUAAAGGGCAUUUUUUAAAGGGAAAUAUCAAAGUGCAGCUCUGUAGCAUCAGAUAUCUCAGGACUUUCCGUGUCAAGAAUCGCACACCGUACCUACACACACACACAGACCGUUUAACUCUAAAGGAAGACUCAGACCACUGAAACAAGUUGACUGAGAGUUAAAUUUGGAUCAGGAUUUGUUUGUUUUUUUGUCAGUUGUCAUGAUUUUAUUUUACUAUGUUUCUUGGGUUUGUUAAGUUGCAGUCUAAAAUAGAUUACAGGAUUGUUUCUGCUGGGUCUUCGAAUAAUGAAUAAGCUGUUAGGAUCCUGGGAACCAGCAGAAUGAGCCAUAUUAAAGUAAGUCUAAACAAAGCUAGCUGUACACAGGGAAUUCAGGUACUAAAGAACAAUCAGGACCGGAAACUGUGUCAAUGUUUUAAUUUAUUUAUCACGCUUACACGAAGGGAAGAGAUUUGUUAAAGAAAUCAGCUUUCCUUAUUUAAUUAUUAUAAUAUAGUAGUGUGAAGCAAUACAAACUGAAUAAAAUCAUGUUCAAUAUUUGUGGUUUUAAGUUUAUGGAAGUACAUUUGACUAUGGUCUUGCUGUAAUUGUUUUUACUACCAUCUCAGGUUUGUAAAAAUGUUUAUUAAAAAUCAUCAAAAGAG